AUGGCGAAUCAAUCCCAAAAAAUCGUUUACAAGCUGGUCCUCACUGGAGGACCGUGUGGCGGCAAAACCACCGGGCAGUCCCGUCUCUGCACUUUCUUUGAGAACUUAGGAUGGAAGGUGUUCCGGGUGCCGGAAACGGCUAACGUGCUCCUCAGUGGUGGUAUCAAGUUUGCAGAUCUCUCCGCUGAUGAAGCAAUGAAGUUCCAGGAGAACCUUCUAAGGACUAUGAUACAGAUUGAGAACACGUUCUUCGAGCUGGGCAGGACUUGCCAGAGGGAUUGCUUAAUUAUAUGCGAUAGGGGUGCGAUGGAUGCCAGUGCAUUUAUAUCGAGAGAGAAAUGGGAGUCGAUGUUGGUUACUAACAACUGGAACUGCGUCGAGCUGAGAGACAACCGGUACAAUCACAUCGUACACAUGCUCUCAGCUGCCAACGGAGCUGAGGACUUUUACUCCACCGAGGAUCACGCCUGCCGAUCUGAAGGCGUCGAGCUGGCGAGGGAACUGGAUUACAAUGCGGCUGCCGCGUGGAUCGGUCAUCCUUACUUCGAUGUCAUCGACAACUCGACCGACUUCGACCUGAAGAUGAACCGGCUCAUCGACUGUGUGUGCCAGAGGAUCGGCAUUGAUACCGGAGACCGGCUCAAUGUCAAUUCCAAGAAGCGCAAGUUCCUUGUCAAAUCGCCGAUCGUUCCAGAUUCGGAGUUCCCCCCGUUCCAGGACUUCGAUGUCGUUCACAAUUACUUGCAGAGCGAUGUUCGCAAGGCACAGGUCCGGCUCCGCAAGCGUGGCCAGAAGGGCCACUGGUCCUACAUACACACGCUGCGGAAGGUCCAUCCGAUCAAUGGCCAGUCUGUAGAAGUCAGGACACAGCUUACGCAUCGAGACUACUUAAACCUCCUCCCGCAGCGUGACGAAGCCCACUUCACUAUCUUCAAGAAACGUCGUUGCUUUAUCUACAACAACCAGUACUAUCAGUUGGACAUUUACAGACAACCCUCACAUCCCAGGUGUCGAGGACUAGUUUUACUAGAGACAUACAGUGCUAUUCACGAUCAAGACACGCUGUUGGCGUCGCUACCUAAGUUCCUUGUCAUUGAGAAGGAGGUGACCGGUGACCCCGCCUAUUCUAUGUACAACUUGUCCCUCAAAGAAGAUUGGAAGAAUUCAAAAAAGUACUACACUGGUGGUGAGAGCUCGAAACAAGCAAGUGCUAAGAAAGAAGGGCAUUCUAAAGGCUUGACCAACGGCCACAAGGAUGAAAAACACAUUGGUUCUAAUGGAGUCGCGAAAAUGAAUGGCCACGCAGGUGAGAAGGUCAAUGGGCAUGCCAUCGGUAAAAUGAAUGGCCACGCAGGUGAGAAAGUCAAUGGUCAUGCCAUCGGUAAAAUGAAUGGCCACGCUAGUGAUAAAGUCAACGGGUACAGUGAUAUGGGCACUGCGCGUGGAGCCAAGGUAAAUGGCCACCACGCCAACGGGCACGCUCCGAAACUCAACGGUGCUGCAGUAAACGGCGCUGCGCAUGAAACAGAGCUGGACGAAUUCAAGAAGAACCACAGAAUGGAUCUCGGAUCACCAAAGAUUACAAAGGUUGCUGUCAAGAUUUAA